GCCGAGUGAGGGCAGUCAGUCGUGGACAUUCAUCACACACCAUCGACAUACACAAUGAGGGCCGAAUCGGUAUUGCUAUUGAUCUGCAUCGGUGGUGUUUUGACCGUUGCCGAGGAGCGAGAGGAGAAGUCGGGCGACAGGGAGAUCGUUCGCAAACUGACGGGGAUCAGCGAGCAGCUAGAGGCGCUGGACAACAAGGCGAUUGAAGUGAUCAAACACCAGAAAGGAUUCGAGCACAAACUCAAGGAUCAGCGCGAUCAGAUCGAAGGCAUUGUCAGACUGGAGUUUGGACUGGUCAAACUGGAGAAGGACACGGUCAACAGUUUCCAGCUUACGGCCUCAGGAGUAAGAAACCUGACGGCCAUAAUUAACUCUGCCCAGAGGCAGAACGAAAAUGCCAUCCGGAAUCUGGGCAAGGCGGAGAUCGAGAUCAGAAGUGCUUUAGGCAAGUUCGAUGAAGAUCAAAACAAACACGAGCAGGAACUCAGCAAGGUGACCAAGUCCGUCGAAAGAAAUCUGGGAGAGAUCGAACAGCUUCUUAAGCAGUCCGUCAUCAGAGAGCUUGUCUCGCUGGAAAAGAAGGCCAAGGUUCUGCAGCAGCAGCAGAGGAACAUUGAGGAAAAAGUGGUCUACUUGGAUGAGCUAAAUGCUCUGACCAGCCGGGCGAACCGGAAAGUGGAUCAUCUGGAGCAGGAACUGCGCUCGCUAAACUACACCCAAGCGGAGAGUCUGGCUGGCAUUGAGAAAGUGAUACUCGCGGUGCAUGGAGGCACCUCGCAGAUUGAGCACAAGCUGGGGGCCCUGCUCAGCAAUCAGAAGAACAUUGAGAGGACUCUAGACGCCUGCAAGCGUGGGCAGCAUCGACACCCAGGUAAUGAGAAGCCCCAGGGCGGCUGGUCCCACACAGGAUACACCUCCGCUCCCUCGCACCAAUCGCAGCCAAAGCAGAAGCCGACGGAGUACGAGACCAGCUAUGCCACAGAAGAAGAGGCCGAAUACCUCUACAAGCUCUGGUACGGCAGGGAGAAUGAACACACGAAGAGCAGGUCCUGAGCACAAUGGCAACUCUCUUGCUUAAGCUAACCAUCCGAACAUCUCACUCAAACUAAACCUAAAUAAAUGCACUUUCGAUCAAAGAUUCUGUUC